AUGCCUGUCUACAUCGCCGCGCAAGCCCUCUUUGAUGGGAUGAACAGUGUUCCGUACCUCUGGCCUUUCCUCAAAACGCUACCAUGGAUCGCACUGCUCUGGGUUCUCAAAACGUACUUCCAAGGAGCGAGGAAUCUGAGCGAGAGGAAUAUGCAUGGGAAAGUCGUGAUGGUGACAGUAUGAUGAACUGAAGACCGUUGUUGGAAGCAAUCAGUAUGUUGACAACUCUCAGGGCGGUACAUCCGGUGUAGGCGAAGCAACAGUCCGCGCGCUCGCGUCUCGAGGCGCCCAAAUCGUCCUCCUGACCCAACACGCCCUCUCCGACCCUUUCAUCGUCGAAUUCAUCCAAGAUCUACGAGAGGAAACCGAAAACCAGCUCAUCACGGCCGAACAAGUCGAUCUCGCUUCCCUGCAUAGCAUCCGUACCUUUGCUACGAAAUGGAUCGACAAUGCGCCGCCCAGAAGAUUAGAUAUGAUUAUCCUCUGCGCAAAUACAAUCACACCGAAUGCAAAGAAGAUCCAGAGUACACAAGAAGGAGUAGAAAUGAACUGGCAGAUCAAUUACCUGGCGAAUUUCCAUCUGCUGAGUAUUCUGAGCCCGGCUCUGAGAGCACAGCCUCCGGAUCGGGAUGUGAGGAUUUUGUUUGGGACGUGUAGCAGCUAUAUGGGUGGAGAUCUAUUGCACAUCACACAGCAAGGGCAACCCCAAGAGAAAGGAAAGACACAUGAACCGACGAAGUUUUCGCCUGGAAAUGCGUAUGCGACAUCGAAACUGGCGUUGACGACUUUUGCGUUGGCUUUUCAGAAACAUUUGAGUUCGUAUCAGAGACCGGAUAAGGCGCCGAUGAAUACGAAGGUGUUGGUAGUAGAUCCCGGCUUGUCGCGCACGCCGGGAACGCGAAGGUGGUUGAGUCAAGGCUCGCUCUUCGGGCUGUUGAUGUACCUUCUGACUUACCCGCUAUGGUUGCUUGUGUUGAAAGCGCCAGAGAUGGGCGCACAGAGCUUCCUGCAUGCAUCUAUGGAAGAGAAGUUCGCGAGGAGUGAGGGCGGGCUGUCGAUCAAGGAAUGUCAGGAGCGAGAGUUUCUGCGCAAGGAUGUAUUGGAGGAGGGCGUGCAGAAGAAGCUUUGGGAGUACAGUGAACAGAUGGUACAAGAAGCCGAGAAGAGAGGUGCGCAGGCUAGGGCAAAGGCGAAAAAGGAAGACCAGGAAAAGAAAGAUGAGGAAGAGGCGGUAACACAGAUGAAGGAGUACAAGGAGAAGGUUGGCAAGAAGGAGAAGACGGAUGGGACUCGGAAGAGCAAGAAGGCGGGAUGA